AUGGACGUCACUGUGCAGCUCCCGACCGAUCCCGCCGAGCGGCGUCGCGUGCAGAACCGCAUCGCGCAACGCAAGUUUCGUCACAAGCGGCUUCAGAACCAGACAGCAUCGUCUGCUGCCAUCCCCCGCUUCUCUAGCUUUCACGCAAGGCGAGCCUCGUCCGCCAACACAAACGCCGCCGCGCACGGCACGACGACGCCGCCGCUCGUCGGCAGCGCGCUCCCCUCGCCCAGCGCCUUCGGAUGCAUUGACCUGGGCACAAGGCUGGACGGCCUGCCCAUGACGCCCGCCGCCGUCUUGAUGGACGACUUUGGCCUGGACAUGUACCUGGACGGCAGCUUUGACUCGUGCUUUGAUAUGCCCAGCCUGCCCACGGAACCGCCCGGGCGCGCGCUGUCCUGCGACACCGGCUUCUCCGCGCCGGCGCGCAUGUCGUAUCCGGGCCUGCCCACGCCGCAGGCAACGGUGCCGGGCUCGUAUGCGUCGUCGUCGGCGUCGUCGUCUGGUCGCUCGCACGGGACUCCUGUCGGCGAAGGAGGGCGACGGGUGUCGUCUACGGCCGCGUUCGAUGAUGGCGGCCGCCAGGACCCUGAUACGAUGAUGAGCGCAAGCAAGAGCGACAACGAAGAAGACGGCAGCAGCGGCAGUGCAAAGUGCGACAAGGGCUGGAUCAGCACCAUUCACAUUGCGGUGCAGAGCGGCAACGAGCGUAUUCUCGGCAUGUUGCUACGGCAGGACACGGAGGGCAUCAACUGCCCAGACAGCAACGGGCGCACGCCGCUCUUCCACGCCGCGAUCCAGGACAACGAGCCCGUCGUGCAGAUGCUGCUGGCGCACGGCGCGCGCAUUGGCCUGGCCGACAAGGAGGGCCGCUCGCCGCUGCACUGGGCCGUGCUGUACCGCCGGCUCGAGGUCCUCCGCGCGCUGCUGGAGCAUUGGAACAGGCGGGAGCGGAAUACUUUUGGCAUCGACGCGCACGAUAAUGUCGGCUGGACGCCGCUGCAUCUCGCCGUCGAGAGACGCUUCGAGGCCGGCGUGCUGUUGCUGAUGCAGCACGGGGCGAAUAUCAAGGCGAGGGCCAAGAUGUGCCCGCACACGGGCAAGCCAAUACCGUUCAACGUGGAACCGAUUGGAUUGUGA